UUAGGUAGGACGUUUUGGGUGAAACUAUUGGAUGCAUGGUCCUCGCUAAUUUAAGGUUGCUGAAUGGUGAAGACGGGACCGCCACGCUGAGCCGUGAUGUGAACGAGGUCAGCCUCAAAAAGGGCUGCUGCCAUGAACACGUCCACCAGCGAAGUGACCCCUGUUGCGUCACGCUCAUAAAAAUUCCAUUUUUAUGACUCUUUACGACACGCUUUAACGGCUUCCGAGAUUCCAAGCGAGCUCGACCUGGACCGACAACACGACGACGCUCAGGCCCCCCCGAAGCGAAGGAGACGCCGUUUGUUUGCUGAAGGACGAAGGAAACAAGCGGGGCCGAUGGCGCCGCUGACGUGGCUGCUGUUGGCCUUCUGUCAGGUGUCGGUCGCAGGCGGGGGCUGCAUCUUUGCCCGCCGGCACCGCGCGUGCGACUUCACCGACGACUGCGGCGACGGCAGCGACGAGGGGGACUGCUCCAGAUAUAAGAGGUGUGACUUUGAGGAAGGGUUCUGUGGCCUGAUCCAAAGCUCCGAAUGGAACAGAACGACGGAGGUCCCGGGACUCAAUCGGGACCACAACAACAACUCAGCAGCACAUUUCCUGUCCCUCACUGGACACGGAACCGCUGCGGAGCUGAACAGCCCCGUCUUCUCGCCCGGUGACACUUGCCAGAUGCGUUUCUACUAUUAUGUCGGGGCCCAACAUGGAGGCCUUGAGGUUCUGGUUCGGACCCACCCGGCGGGUCGGAGCACGGAGGCGUGGAGCCACUCCACACAGACGGAGGCGUGGCAGCGGACAGGGAUCACGUUCUCCAGCGAUUCCAGUUUUCAGGUGGCGAUUCGUGGGCAACUUUCAGCUGACAGCGAAGCCUCAGAAGUGCUGGCCAUCGAUGACGUGUCCUUCAGCCCCGGCUGUGUGACCGUGCCCGAAAGCAUCACACCUCCUCCUCCUCCUCCUCCUCCUCCUCCACCGGAGGUCUGUCCGCCCUUGUGGUUCGCCUGCGGCAGCGGCGAGUGCAUCGAGGAGAGCAAAGUGUGCGACUUCACGCCACACUGUCCCCAGGGAGAGGACGAGGCCCACUGCCCCUCGGCGUGCGACUUCGAGGGCGGUUCCUGCGGCUGGUACGAGCUCACCCUCGGCGACGGCUUCGACUGGGUCAGGGGCGGCUCCGCGGAGGUGCCUUCGGACUCCCACCCGCCCCCCCUGGACCACUCGACAAACAGCACCGAGGGACACUUCAUGUUUAUUUUGAAGAACAGCAGCAGUCUUCAUCCAACGGCGGUUCUGAGGGGGCCGUGGUUCAAACAAUCUGCUUCCGGGUGCACCCUCACGUUCUGGCAUUAUAACUCGGGUAUGUCCGUGGGGGCUGCGGACAUGUACCUUGUAACGAACGACGUCCAAAACAAAACUGUCCUGUGGCGGACCUUGUACGACCAGGGGACCCGCUGGAACCGGGUCACCGUGCAGCUGGGCCGCAUCACGCAGCCCUUCCACAUCGCGCUGGCCAAGAUCAGCCUGGGCGUGUUCAGCGGGGUCUCCGCCCUGGAUGACGUCGCCUUCGAGAACUGCUCCAUGCCCCCCGCGGCGGCGGAGUGCCCGGCGCACACGCACUUCCACUGCGCGCGCACCAGGGCGUGCGUGGAGCACUCGCAGCUCUGCGACCUGGUGGAUGACUGCGGGGAUGGAUCCGACGAGGAGGGCUGUUCCGCGGCGCUGCAGUGCGACUUCGAACGCGGGCUGUGCGGCUGGAGGCAGGAGCGCGGCGGCGGCGACGUGUUCGACUGGACCCGCGCCCGGGGCCCGACUCCCACCAUCAACACGGGGCCCCUGAAGGACCACACGCUGGGCACCGGCCUCGGCCACUACCUGUACAUCGAGUCCUCCGCGCCGCAGGAGUUCAAGGACACCGCCGUGCUGCUGAGCGGGCUCUUCCAGCCCACCCAGCGGCGCGGCGGGAGCGCGGCCGGCCCCCGCUGCGCGUUCCGCUUCCAUUACCACAUGCACGGCUCCCACGUGUUCUGCUUGGCGGUGCACCUCAGGACCGCCGCUUCGGGCCGCGGCCACAUGCUGUGGGUGCGGUAUGGAGCGCAAGGAGACCUUUGGCACAGGAAGACUCUCUACCUUUCCAGCGCUCGGCCUUUCCAGAUUUUGAUAGAAGGCACAGUGGGAGAUGAUUUCAAUGGGGACAUCGCCAUCGACGACCUUUCCUUCCUGCACUGCGACCCGUACGACGGAGAGCUCCCGGCGGCCAACGCCACGACGCCCGCCGUGACCACGCCGGCCCCCACGCUUCAGCCGCACAGCUGCCCCGACGGAGAGUUCGCGUGCGGGGCCCACGGGGAGUGCGUCGCCGACGGCAAAGUGUGCGACUUCCGGCGGGACUGCUCCGACGGCUCGGACGAGGAAAGCUGUGUGAAGGAACGGUGCGAUUUUGAAGGCGGCGAUACUUGUGGCUGGAACAGCGGCGACUCCUCUUUGGUCCCGAUGCACGCGUUCCGCUGGUCACCUGACCAAGGGGAGAGCAUUCACGAUGGAGAGCAGUACCACCGUCCUGUAUAUGACCACACCCUGGGCGGAGCGGAGGGCUGGUACAUGUGCGCGGACAGUUCAAACGGCGGCUACGGUCAGACCACUGACCUCCAGACCCCUGCCAUCUCCUCCACUGGGCCGCAGUGCACGCUGGUCUUUUGGUACCACAUGAGCGGAUUCACAGUGGGGUCGCUGCACGUGCUGUUGAAGUAUGAGAACGUCACUCACGAGGUUUGGUCUCAGACUGGUAACCAGGGCAACAAAUGGAGACGAGGGGAAGCGUUUUUGGGAUUAUCGAACAACGUGCAGGUGGUGUUCAGGGCGAAGCGAGGGAUCAGCUACAUGGGCGACCUGGUGAUAGACGACGUCGGCUUCGAGCGCUGCUCCCCGCCGCUUCCUCCGGACCGGCCGUGCACACCUGAGCAGUACGCCUGCGCCAACGGCCGCUGCAUCCCUCAGGACAACCUGUGCGACUUCAUCGACCACUGCGGGGACGACUCGGACGAGGACGCCAACAUCUGCAUCGGCUUCGCCGGGCGCUGCAGCUUCGAGUUCGACCUCUGCUCCUGGCGCCAGAGCUCGAGUGACGACUUCGAUUGGCUGAUCAAAGCGGGCAGCACGCCCACGGUGGGCACCGGGCCGACGAGUGACCACACCCUGAGGGACCCCUCGGGCCACUACCUCUACCUGGAGAGCUCCUUCCCGCAGGCGGCCGGAGACGCCGCCCGCAUCUCGGGACCCCUGCUGAGCCGCAGGAGCUCGCGCUGCAAGAUGCGUUUCUAUUUCCACAUGUCCGGAGACGGCAUCGGGACCCUCAGCGUGUUCGGCCGAAGCGAAGGGCGCCUCCGUCUCUUGUGGAACCUGACGGGAGACCAGGGCAACUACUGGCAGAUGAGGGAGGUCCCGCUGAGCCACGACAGGGACUUCCGGGUGGUGUUCGAGGGCAAAGUGGGCCGCAGCGCGAAGGGCGACAUCUGCGUGGACGACAUCACCUUCUCUGCCGGGUGUCUGCUGGCCUCCUCGGCCAGAGCAGAGGACAACACUCCUGCGCCUCCUGCAGGCUCCUGUCCUUCCGGCUCGCUGCCUUGUGAAAACGGCCGGUGCUUCGCUCCGGCGCAGAGCUGCGACUUCACGGACGACUGCGGCGACGGCACCGACGAAAAGGAUUGUGGGACUUCUUGCUCCUUCGAGAGCGGCCGCUGUGGCUGGACGAGCUCCCUGGCCGACAGCUUCGAUUGGACGCUGGGGACGGGGUCGGUGAAAGGCAUUCGGCCUCCGUAUGACCACACGUUGAUGGAUGAAAGUGGUCAUUUCGUCUUCCUGGAAGCGACACCGGUGGGACUCAAAGGCGACAAGGCUCACAUCAGGAGCUCCGUCUGGAAGGAGUCGAGCGCCAGCUGCAAGCUCUCCUUCUGGUACUACAUUUCCCGCAAGGCCUCGGGAACGAUCCGCCUGCUGAUCAAGACGCAGAGCCGUCUGUGGGAAGCGUGGAACAAGACGGGGCACCAGGGGGACGAGUGGAACCGGGCCGAGAUCCCCCUGAGGAAGCUGAGGAACUUCCAGGUGAUAUUCGAGGGGAUCCGAUCCAGCGACGUGAGCGGAGGAGCCGCCCUGGACGACCUGCGCUUCGAAGACUGCGCGCCGAAUGUGGCUGAGCCACACAGCUGCCCGGCAGUCACAGACUUUGUGUGUCGCAGUGGCCGCUGCCUGGAGUCCCGCCUCGUGUGCGACCACAAGGCCGACUGCGCCGACGGAUCCGACGAGACGGACUGCGAGCGCGUCUUCGACCUGCCCGGCGCCUGCGAUUUCAACGCGGGUGAGAAGCGGUGGGAGGACGCCUGCCGGCUCUCUCAGGACGCCGACGAUGACUUUGACUGGACCAUCGGCUACAGGACGCAGACGCCGGGAGCCGGGCCUCAGGCGGACCACAGCCCCGGCGGCGGUGGGAACUUCCUGUACAUACACACAGCCAAUCAGAGGGAGGGGGACGUCGCCAAGGUGACGACCAGGAAUCCAUUUCCAGCCAGCAUCGGCCGAUGUGACCUGCGCUUCUGGUUCUACAUGCACGGCUCAGACAGGAUGGGAACGCUGAAGGUCUACACCGUUGGUCCCAGUGGCACCAGUCUGCUGAUGUGGGCAGCAACCGGGAACCAUGGUAACCAGUGGACGUACGCAAAUGUCCUCCUGUCCAACCCGGGACCUUUCAGAGUGACGUUCCAGGCGGAGGCGGGCGGAGACGUGUGGACGGACAUCGCCUUGGACGACAUCUCCUACACCGCAGAGUGCACCGCAGAAGGACCCGCGACUCCCCGGCCUCCGACCUGCGGGCCGGACCAGUACCGGUGCUUUUACUCCUAUCAGUGCAUCCCGGGGAGCUGGAGGUGCGACGGGGAGCCGGACUGCGCCGACCGCUCCGACGAAGACUCCUGUCCCACGGCGGUGCCCGGGACCCUCCCCCCUCAGGGCCGCUGCCCCGCCGCACAUUUCCAGUGCCUGAACGACACGUGCCUCCCCUCCGUGCUGCGCUGCGACGGCGUCCCGGACUGCCCCGCAGGAGAAGACGAGAACCGCUGCCCUCUGCUGCCGUGUGCGCUGGGGGAACUGGUGUGUGAAAGUUGGCCCGGUUGCAUCCCACUUCAGAAGCGUUGUGACGCCUCUGCAGACUGUCUGCCUUUUGACUCCGACGAAUCUAGCUGCCAUGAUUGUCCUCCACGGUACUGCCUGGGUCGCGGCCCCUGCCUCGUGGAGAAACACGGGCCCGUUUGCAUGUGUGACCCCGGGUGGACGGGCAACCGUUGCCACGUGAAGGCGAAACCGACUCCCUCCCCCUCGAAGCCCGAGCCCGAAGACACACAGCUGGGUGACGCUGUGUACGUCGGCGUCGGCGUCGGACUGCUGCUGCUGGUGGCCGGCGUCGCCGUCUGCACGCUGGCUCUGUGCAAGAAGAGAUGCCACCCGGGGAAGCCCGGCCCGGUGCGCUUCGGAGUGAUGGCUGACCCGGCGUGGAGCUGGAGGGCAAAGCUCCCCAGUCUGCUCCAGGGCCCAGGCGCCUGUCCCUGUCCCAGAGUGGACACCAGCGGGGGUGACGGUCGGGGGCUUCCUAUCAGCGUCUACCCCUGGAGGAGGGAGGUGGAGGUUUCGGCCUGUAAAGACGCCAGGCUGUCCUUCACCAACCCGCUGUACAAAACCUCCCCCGAGGCCAACAGCUCCGAGGCCUGAGAAACAACGGACCUCGCGGCGGUGACACUGCGGCGGAUCCGAGGUGGAUCGCUGUGUGCACACACUCGAUGAGGUUGUCUUGAAGUGCAACGAUGCAAAGGGUGAAGAAAGCUCAGCUGCUGUAUUGUUGCAAGGAAGCAUCUAUUGUGAUUGGCGACUGGAAUGAUUAGUUAUGGAAAUGAAUGAUGUGAUUGAUAGCAGUACCUGGUACAAUAGAAUUUAAAGGUUCUGUGUAAUAACUCAUCAUUGUUGGGUUUAGACUUUUAACAAUUGUGUUUUCCAUAUGACUACCUAUAAUACAUUUUGUUUAAAAUAUAAAGUAAAAGCUCUCUCUCUGUCUCUGUCUUUUAAACCAGUCUAUCGUUGCAGCUUCCAAAUGCAGGUCUGACUUCAUUAGGGAUGAGUGCAAAUAAAGCAGUUUGCCCCUGUUUUAUUUGCAAAUUAAAGCCCGUUACAAGUCGCCUCCCUGCAGCUGCUUCGUGUGAGCUGUGAACUCUCUCCUUCUCUCUGCAUCAACCGGCGAUGAGCAGAUUGCUCAUAAACAAUUAAACCGGUCUGAUUUCAAUUUGACGAGCGUUCAUCAGAUUCCCUCUUACAUUUUUCUCGCAUGAUUUACAAGUUCUGGCCAUAUUCCGUGUGCUGAGAUGUGCUGAAGAGAGCAUCAGUUUGCCUCAGCCAGUAAUAUUUGGGGUUAAAAGUUGAAGCUCCUACUUGGAUUUUUGAAACAUUGUGCAAACUGACGGGUUGUGAAACUUGUGAAGUAACAUUUUGUCCCCUACUGUCGAACCAAACAUACACUCCAUUAAGUCCUUUAGAUUCCAUUAUGUAUCAAAUAUACUGAAAUUAGACAU